UCCACGGACAAAGUUCAAUCGACGCCUUUGUGAGUUGAGGUCUACAUAGUGGUACUUCGUAGAUAUAAAUUGAGAGGAGGAACGUUCCAUCCAUGCAUUGAGCGCGGAAGGAUGAGGCGUUUGAGGUGGAAAAGUUUCACGCUUGUAUGAAAGCGCGGCCUUACCCACUCUCGCCACUGAAGACGAGGUAUUCCAUCUCCCUGGAAACGGAAAGAGAACGAACGAACGAACGAACGAACGAACUAAUACUACGUGGGGCGAACUAACGAGAACCGGAGAGCGAGAGCGAGAAGUGGAGCCAAGGGACAGGAGAAUUGAGGCUUUUCGUAAGGCCAUCACUUUCACGGCAGAAGGACGGACAUUGAGAGUCUCAAGAUCAGGAGUGUUCAAGUCGCCGAAGUGGAGCAGAUCCAUUGGAGUGUCAAAGAGAAUUAGCCUCCAAAACUAGCUAUCAAAAAGACCGACCCCCAUGGAACAAUCCUCUUCCGAGCCAUCUCAGAUGAGUCCCAAAACAGCUUCACCCAUGGACCUGUCUGAAGGCCAAGAUUUGAAUCGGAGUGGCAGUUGGAAGAAGUUCAAAAAGCAAGUCAAACAGACUGUUCAAGGAUGGGUAGGUGGCGGCUCAGGGGAGUCUUCCAUGCCAAAUCCGGGCUUGCCGAGUGCAGUGUUUCCUUCCAAGGAGGUGAAGAAGGCCUCCAUUGAUGUCAACAGUGUCCUCAACGAGUCCAAUUGCUACAACUACGCCCCACUCAACCCAGAAGAUCUGUUUCCCAAGGAAUCCGACGCGCUCGCCGAUGUUCCAAUGAUUGUGGUGACCCAAGACGCUCAUGCACCCGUGCGCCCCGCCCGAAGAGGCUCGUCCAUGAAGAGCAGUCCAGUCAUAACCAAGCCGCCCACCUCAACCCCUCCUAUAGAUAUGGUAUCGCCCAAAGAGCCCUCAGUCAGAACCAAUGAGGUGGGUUGGGCGCACACCCCUCCGCGACAUUCUUCCCCCAAAGGUCCCUCCUCUCCACCCACGACCACUUUCAGCGCCCCCUCCUUGGCGCCGGUGAUAAACGAGAACAGCACGGUGCCCAACGACCAGGCCAAGUGUGACAUUGCGGUCAUGAAGAUCAAACAGGCCAUCUUCGCGGCCAAGGCCGGCCCGGGCAAUUCCAAGGAUGACUCCGAGCUUCUCAGUCCCAAAUCGAGCGCCUUGGCUGAGCGCCGCUUGAGUGACAGUGCGGCCACCGUCCCACGGUCUACCACGCAUACCCUCGCCAAAGCCCGUCCGUCAGAGCCCACCACCACGCAAGCACCCAGGGACGCGAAUGCCAAUAGUGGCCUUCUCGACCCAUCCAUUCCACAUCCCAGUCUUCUGGUGCGACGGAAGAGCACCUCCGAGACCACGGGUCAGCCCAAAGUGAGCAAGCCAGUGAGUCGAUCGAGUUCCAUGAACCGAGCUGCGUCCAUCAAGAAACAGAAGGCCAAGCCCAUGAUUUGGGAACACUUUGACAGCUUGCCCAACACGACACAAAUGGGCCGGUGCCGGGCAUGCAAGAUGAACGUGUCGUGCAAAUUCAAUACUGGAAAUUUUAUUCGCCAUUUACAGCUGGCACACCAGGAUGUAUACCGACAAUAUCAAAACAAAAUGGAGGCCAACUGGACACGGAGCAUGCUUGAACGUAACUUGAAAUAACACUAUGUACUUGCCAAUAGAUCCCUCAACGAGUCCACCCAA